CGCGUUCAUCCGUUUUUUACAGAAAAACCAAAAAAUAAUUCUAUGAAACGAUCGAUUCGUUGGAUAUCCACAGUAGACUCGGUCUUGUUUGGUAAAAGUUCGGGUAACGAACAAGGCCGCAGUAAGAUAGCUGCUUUUGAUUUGGACGGCACCUUGAUAACUACAAAGAGUGGACGUGUUCAUGCAAAAGAUGAAAAUGAUUGGCAGUGGUGGCAUACAUCUGUACAAAGUAAAAUUGAAAAUUUGCACCAACAAGGGUACAAGAUUGUCGUAUUUUCAAACCAGAAUGGCCUCAAUACAGAAACUCGUAUAAAUGGUUUCAAAUCCAAAGCAGCAGCAAUUCUGUCUCAAAUAUCUAUUCCUGUUUGUAUAUUUGCUGCGCUGCAUAAGGAUAUUUAUCGUAAACCAAGUACUGGAAUGUGGGAUUUAUUGGAAAAGGAAGCAAAUGACGGUGUCAUAAUUGAUAAAUCAAAUAGUCUAUUUGUUGGUGACGCUGCUGGAAGACAGGAUGGCUGGAAACCUAAACUCAAAAAGGAUCAUUCUUGUGUAGACCGAAAAUUCGCUGCUAAUAUUGGGAUCGAAUUCAAAACACCCGAGGAAUUCUUCCUGAAUGAACCAAAAGCACCCUUUACUUGGGGACCCUUUGAUCCUCACAUCAUUGAUAAAGAUUCUACUCUAAAUAUACCUGAACUUGGGCCCAAACCACAUGUGGUUGUUUUUGUUGGAUGUCCCGCAAGUGGUAAAUCCAGAUUUGCAAAAAAGUAUCUUGUUCCAAAGGGGUACAUCUACGUCAAUCAAGAUACUCUCAAGACACGAAACAAGUGUGUUGCGGUUGCCAAAGAAGCCAUUGAAGAAGGAAAAUCUGUUGUUAUUGAUAAUACGAAUCCAGAGGCUUCAACUAGAGCUCUUUAUAUUCGCCUAGCAAAGAAUGCUGGUGUGUCUGUACAUUGCUUAUAUUUUACUGCAGACGAACACCUUUCUCGACACAACAAUUACUACCGUGCCUUGAACCCUCCUCAUGACAGGGAGGUACUGGGUGACAUUGUAUUCAGGACUUAUAAGGCUAAGUUGCAGGAACCCAAGGAAUCCGAGGGAUUUGAUACCAUCCACAAGAUACCUUUUAUUUUUGAGGGACCAGAUCUUGAGGGAUGGCAAAAGUGGUGGAUUUAA